AUUACUUCAACGUAAACGAUCCUGCCAGUGCUAGGGGCGACAUCGACGUUACAAAUCCGGACCCUGCUAACAGUAACAACUUAAAUGCAGCUGACAAAACUGGACAGAAUGACAACACCGCAGCCCUACAAGCCAUCUUUAAUUAUGCUUCCCAAACAUCCGGAACGACUGUAAUUUACUUCCCCGCCGGAAAAUAUCUAAUCACUUCGGACCUUAUCAUCAAAGGUAGAGUCACCUUGAUGGGAUCUGUUGACGGUAUCAGUUUGUUUUGCACCGAAAGUACAAGUGCCCUGUUGACUACCAUAAACUAUGAAGGAAUAGCAGCCCAUGAUUACCUUGAUAUUGAUCGUUUGUUCUUUGAUGGAGUCCAACUGGAAUUUGAGCAAGACAGAGUCACGAUUUCUCAUUGUGUUUUCUUUUCAAACGAGAACCCCUCCCCCCACGCUAGGCUUCACAAGAGUCAGGUCCGCAUUCUUGAUAUCGAUAACAGUGGCGUACACCGUCCCGCUUUGAGUCAUUCGGUUUUUUUGCGAGAUGAACGCGGAUUUGGCGUCGCUGUUGACGUGCAGAGAUCGGUAACUAUUGAGAUAGAAAACAACAUCUUCGGGUUAGAUCUGGGAAGAAUUGACUGGAUGGAUAACGAGCUGGGCACGACGUACUGGCCAACACUAAAACUGAAGCUUGAGUUUCUUAAGAACGAGUUGAAUCUCCGUGACGAUCAGGGCUUCUGGAAAUCUUCAAUCUACCAUGGCUUUAAUAGGGACUCUGCGAUCGAGAAGAACAUCUUCAACGGCAGCCCCAAUUUGUUCGUAAUGGAUCCACACACAAAGAUCACGCUGUCUACUUGUAGGCUUUUCACAAUUUGAACUUCACAGAAAAUUACGUGCGGGGUUGGGAUCCCGACUCGUCCGGCGGGAUAAAGGCACGAAACGGAGAAGGUCUCGUUAUUGCGCGCAAUUACGUAGACGAUACAGGAAUCUUGUUGUACAUCCACGAGCGGGCCGGCCGACCGCUUCCGUUGUUUUUGAAGAAUGUCCUGGUCUAUGGAAACCACAUUGUGGAACGUACGGACCCCGGCGGCCGAAAAAGCGGUAUCUAUUACCUUGAACCCCACCAGGAUUUCACUGACGAGAAUCUGGUCUACGCUGGAAAUGUUUUCGAGAUCGAAGGAGCUAAUCCAACUUCAAAAGAUUGUAUAUUCAUUGGUAAACACGCUAACCUGAAUCAGCACCACGUGUAUGACGACAAUAUUUACGAAGGCUGCACCACUCCUCCAGAACAUGUGAACAUUAAGGCCGCCCAAGGAACACUACAGUUUCAAUCAGGGUCUGCUACUGUGCCAAGGGAUUACGUUGCCAUGACUGUACCCCGGUACAAUAUCGCGCAGUACGCUCCCAAGUCUUCAAGUGGCUAA